UAAAAUGGCUGAUAACAACACAUUUAUUGCGCCAUCUCCUCGUAGCAUAUCAGUGCAGCGCCCAUACAGUGUGCUAAUGGGAUGUUUAGGAUCCGCAUCUCAUAUGGACGGAUUGUUUUGUUUAAACGGGUCAAAUCCCCCCACACCUGCCCGACUGUCCAGAGUCUCCUGUGGUGACUCUCCACUCCCAUUGGUUUGACCCUCGGCGGACCAAAGACUGAAUGCGUGUGGCCCCUCAUAAAUAGCCCUCAUUUCCAUGUGUCCCGCAAACCAACCUCAACCUCCACGAUUCGCGUCCAGCACAUUUAGGGUCUCCAACCAUGACCCUCUCCCAGGAUUACGAUCAAGUGCAGCGCACCCAAAUCUCUCCAGAAGACGAUGAAAUAGACAUUAUUGGAGGAGACCACAGUGACAGCGAGCGCGAGUAUUUCAUGCGGGACCCCACGGAGGUGGACCAUUCAGGGUCCGAGUCCUCCGGGGAGAGCGAGAGCGGCUUCGCCGGCAGCACCGCCGCCCCAAAACAAAACUCCUCCGUCAAGCCUCCGUAUUCCUACAUCGCCCUCAUAACCAUGGCAAUCCUCCAGAGCCCAUUGAAGAAGCUCACCCUCAGCGGCAUCUGCGACUUCAUCAGCAACAAGUUCCCCUACUACAAGGAGAAGUUCCCCGCCUGGCAGAACUCCAUCAGACACAACUUAUCGCUCAACGACUGCUUCAUCAAGAUCCCACGAGAGCCUGGAAACCCUGGGAAGGGUAACUACUGGUCCCUGGACCCUGCAUCUGAGGACAUGUUUGACAAUGGCAGCUUCCUGCGCAGAAGAAAACGAUUCAAGAGGAACCAGCCCGAGUUCACCAAAGACAACCUGGUGCUUUACCAUCCAACGUUGAGUUAUCGGGCAUAUGGGCGACCUUAUUGCGUUUCUGGGGCACUUCCAGCCCAAAAUAAUCCUGUUGGAUAUUUGCCAGUGCCCGAUGGCAUCAUGGUGCCACCUCCAUUUUUUCAAUAUCAAACUCUGAACAUUAAAAUCCACGACGCUCCAGAAAUCCAGCAAAGGCCCGAACACAAAACCCAGAGGUGCUCAUUCAGCAUUGACAGUAUUAUGGCCAAAUCAACGGAGUCUUCCAGCAAAAGCUCUGCUCAUCACCUCACGCCUGACUAUAGUUAUGUAUUUCCCAGGCCGACAUCAUCGUGUGUGGCUCCAAGUUUGGUACCGGUGCCAACAAGGACUCCUCUGCUCAAAACUGUUCCUUUCUCGGAGACUCUGCGGAUGGUUUAUCCUCACUGUUAAACUGUGUUUGGGAAAAUCUUGUUGGAAAACUCUUGUUGUUUUAAACAUAGGCUUGUAUAAGAAA